GACGUACGGUUGCCAUGGAAACCAUUUGCAUCAAAGAGGAACGAGUGAAGUGUUAACGUCGAAUUUAGCUCGUUAAAUUAUAUUAUUAGCUAUGCGUUAUAUAGUUAUUUGUUUGCUCGCUACAUGUCGUGUUGACUGAAGUAGAACACCUACGAGCCCAAACGGUGUAUCCCAGUUCCACCAUGCAGUCAGACAGGGACAGUGAACUGGGAGACCUGGAGGCCCAGCUGGCCAGUAAAGAGAGGGAGUGGAAGGAGCUCCAGGCUGCAAGGGUUCAUCAACUGGAGAUGUCCCUCAAAAAGGCCCAGCAGGAGUGCUCCUCCCUCAGAGAACGCUACCAGCAACUGAGGGAAGAUUUCCAGUUCAACCUGGCCAUCCUGGAUGAACGAGACAGAGAGCUGCAGAGAUAUGAUAUCAUAACUGCCAGAGCUCUGACUGAGGAGCAUAACAGGCAGGAGGAGCUGAACCAGCUUCGUAUGCAGGUCGGCAAGCUGGAGGAGCAGAGAGCCAGAGAGACUGAGGAGAGGCAGGAGGAGCUCAGUAAAAGUGCUGCUCAGCACAGGCUGCAGCUGGACAAGCUCAAACGCUCUAUGGCUGGUGAAAUUCAAAAGCAAACGGAGGAGUAUGAGAGGAUGAAAUUGGAUAUGCAGUGCAGGAUACAAGAGGCGGAAGGAGAGCUGACCCUACAGAGACAGGAGAUGACAGCAGCUUUUGACAGUGAGCUCAGACAGCGGGAGCAUGAGUUCAACUUGAAAAUGGAUGAAAUGCGUGCUGUGGUGCUGUCUCAUGAUCUGAUGGCGAAGCUGCUGUCUAAAGAGACUGAAGUUCACUGCCAGGCUCAGCUCCAGGCCACAGAGGCUCUCAAAGCAUCUAAGGAGUUCUGUCAGCAGAUACAAACCGAGCUGCAACACAAAGACCAGGAGAUCAAAGACCUCACUGCUGUCAAGGACUACAGGAUAAAGGAGCUUGAAGAUGAGCUGAAAUGGAUGGAGACCAAAUUGAAGAUGGAGGAGAAUGACCACAUAAACAAAUAUGAGGAUGUAGUCCGGGCUCUGAAGGAGUGUGAUGCGCAGCUGGAGGCUCAGUUUCAUGCCAACACAGAGCAGAUGCAGAAGGCUGAGAAACACAUUGUCAAACUACAGGAGAAUAUGGAAGUUCUGGCUGCACAAGCACGCUGCAAACAGGAAGACCAGCAAAAGGCCAUGGUACAGAAAGAUGAGACAAUCCAGAGCCUUCGCAGAGAGGUAGAAACAACCCGGACUGGCUGGGACAGAUACAUCAGUCAGGUCUCCAGUGAGAUGGUUGCCAAGGAUACAGAGCUGAUCACCCUGCAGGAGAGAGAAACCAGACGUAGGACUGAGUGGGAGAGGAGCAGGGAGGAGAUGGAACGGUACAAGCAGCAGCUGAAUGCUGGUUUGAAGAGAGAGAGGGCCUUAGAACAGAUGCGAGUCCAGGUGGAGCUGGAGUGGCAGAGUCGCUGUGAGGACAUGAAGGUCGAACACUAUCUUGCUAAUGAGCAGCUAAUACAAGACCUGACCCAGGCUAGAGACCAGGCUAAAGCAGAGCUGAAAGAGAAAGAACAAGAGCUGCAGGACCUGACUGUCUUACUACAUUCUGUUAAAACAGAGAGAGACCAGGCAAUACAGGGUCUCACACCAAAGGUAGAUUCUCUGGCAUCGGAAGAGAUCCGUCGUCUGCAGGAGCAGAACAGCAUCCUGCGGGCCGUGAUUACCCAGAUGAGGAAGGACAUGGAGGGUCUCAGCCAUCUCCUACCCAAUCCCCAGGCUCAGCCACAGGCCUCCUCUCCUCAGCCAGUUCAGCAUCCAGGAGCCCCGGCCACCACCUCCAUCGCCCCUACAGCUAACACUCAGAUGGCAGCAGACUACACUCAGGCUCUGGAGCAGGAGGUAUCCCUACUAAAGGCUCGAUGCCAGAGCCUCAAGGAGCGGCUAGAAGGUGUUACAAGACUGCCCAGCCUGGCUCCAGCUACAGACAAACCUACAGAGGACCUGGCACCCAUAGGUGGUCUGUGCCUGGAGAAAUGUGCCAACACCUCUGCUUUGACGAAACAGGAGGUCAGAGUGGCACAUAUGGAGUCUGCUCUUGCCAAUAUCAUGGAACAGAGUGCACUGGUGCGACAGCUCCAAGAGGAGAACCUGUAUUUGAGGCGGCAGCAGUCCUCAGGUCUGAUGUCUGGUGAUUUGUUUGAAAAUGUCCAGGAUGCUAAAAGCAACCUUACUCUCCUGCAUACCAGGCUGAGGCAGGCAGCGUUCUGUAUCGCCCGUCUGAGCAGAGAGAAACAGCAGCUGAUAGAGAUGGGCAACUGCCUGCGUGCCCAGAUCACCACUGCUGGACUACAGGAACCAGAGAGGGACUCCUCCCCAGAGAAACAAGGAGACCAGCAUGACCGGAUGUCUGCUCUGGAACAGCUGCAGUACCAGCUCACCACACAGGAGCUGCAGUACGCUUUGAGGCAGAGGGCUUGCACUUUUGCUGAACAACUCCUCCCUGGAACCAACAACCAAAGUCCUACCACAAAAGUGGCUGCCAACCCUUGGUCCCAGGGGCACAAAACCACAGACAGGCCUGAGAGCUCCAAGAACGAAGAGAACACUCCUUUGGUCAGCCAGUCACAGAGCUCACUGGAUGUGGGGCCAGAGCCCACAUCACUGCAGUUGUUAAAGGAGCUAUGGGAGAUACUGGACCGUGGACUCAGUCCAUCUAUUUUCUCAGAAGGUGAAGGUGAGCAGAGCAGGAGGGAGGUGGCUGAGUCUGGUGGUGCUGGAGUCCAGAUGAUGGUGCAUGGUAUCAGUGCUCCCAUCCAUAGCCAGCCCCCAUCUGAGGUCCAGCAGAAGAGGAACCUCUCUACAACACCAUCAAACACUACCCGUGCCAGCAGACAUGGAACCCCUGGCAGGAUCAGCAAGAUCAGAAAUUACAAUGUUAAAGACUGACACACACAUAUAGGACAAUCUGUCAGUAUACUGGUCAUGGGGAGUACUACUAAAUCUACUAUGGCUCUAUGGAGGAGCUUUGUCAAGUCUGAGAAAAUAACCUUGUUUAUGUCAUAGUGAUGUCAUCGGGGUUAUCUCAGCCACAAAUUUAUAACAGCAAGCCUCCAUUAAAAAGUAGGCGAUCAUAGAGAUCCCAUUUUUUUAUUGAAGCUUGACCCAUACUAGGAAUUAAAAGUCUGGAUAUCUCAUCCUCUGCUGCUUCGUUGUACCAUUCAUUUAUAAUGUCUCUAGUGAGUUCCCAAACUUUAUGGAAGAGGGGAACUCUUUUAAAGCCAAUAUGUGUAGAUUUUUUAUUUCAUUAUAGCUUCUUCCAAAUGAUCCUGAUAGCAUAACACAAGAGUAAAUGCACAGAAAAGAGAAAUGCACUCCAAAUCAAGAAAUGCUUCAAAUACCAAAACACAAAUUCUUAAUUACAUUUUAGAAUAUAACUUAUUGUAAGAACAUAUUUUUAUAUUUUACUGCUCCUUCCAACAUCAGAGCUCACGCGUCUGAGCAGUUAUGGGACUACAAUAGUACCAUAAUAAAAUAGACCUAUAGGCUUUAAUGUGUAUUGUGUGUAAUCGUCAAUAAUAUUUAUAAAUUUAUAUAUUGUUCAAGGCCGUUCUGUAUGUUUUAUUGCAUUGUAGUAAACCUUUUUUAUUUUCUUUGUUUUCCCAAAAAACUGUUCAAGAUUUGUUUGUCAUUUGUCUGUUUUUAUUAAUUGAACUCAACAUAUCUGAGAGCAACUCGUCAGGGAAAAAAAGACAAUUUCUGCCCAAAAAGUCAAAUAAAGUUGUGAAUGUUGACCAAAGUUAGGGCGCCCUGCUGGUUAGUGGUUAAAGCACCAACCAUGAAACGCAACAUCCCUGGUUCGUGUCUGGCCGAGGACCUUUGGUACAUCUCAUCCCCAAUCGCUCUCUUCACUCGUUUCAUCAUCUCUCUACUGUCAACUAUCCAAUAAAGACAUACAGUACCCUAAAUUUUUUAAAUCACCAAGUUGGCGAUCAUCAUUACUGUGGGUACCAGUAUAUGAACAGAAAUCCAAUAUAUUUUCUAACUGCAUUCAUUUAUAUUGGGGGGUUUUCUUUGAGUAAAAUAGUAAAACUAUCUGAUGUCUCAGAUAUUCCUCUUCCUCUUGGUGACUCUUCAUACAGAAAUAAUGCUGCAGAGCACAAUCCACAGUUCUGUGAUUUUGCACAUGGACUAUAAAAUUAAUUUCUAUUGAACAAUAUAAGCUAUGAAAUGAAUUUAUAUUAAACAAUAGAAAGCAAACUAUGUCUAUUAAACUCAAAUUGUAUACUUGGUUAAUGUGAUUGUCAAGCCAGUCCAUAAAAUAAAGAGAGGCUGCUUAAUUUCAGCCAAAGCACCCAUCUGUCUGUUUCUCUAUUGAUCACAGGGUCACUGUGUGCUGUUGUCAUUGUGCUGCCACAAUAGGUCAGUAGGAAAAAAACUUUCCUUAGAACAUCAUGCUAUCUGAAAUUAUGAACUCCAGUAACCCCAAGAAGUCAGACGAGCAUUUCAGCUACGUCAUCAUUUAGGCCCUGCCUUUUAAUCACCCUAUCUCCCAACAGCAACCUCCCCUCUAUUAUGAUUGGAUGAAGUCUCACACCCCCGCUCCGUGAUUGGCCAAUUUACAUGCCAUCCACAAUACUUAACGUGUACCCACGUGUGCCGAUACCGGUACUUUCACCUUUAAUGUAAAGUCAUGUACUGUUAAAUGAAACACGAUGAAGGUUCACAGGCUGCUAUUUGAGGGUAAGAAGAAAAGGCAGAAGAAUGUUUAAGAGGUUAUUCAUAUUAAUGUUGUAGGCCUAAAGUGGUCAAAAUAUAAUUGCUGAUGGAUGUGACAAUAAAGCUUACCAUUACUGUG